AUGCUCCGGGGGCGGCCCGCCGAGGGAACCCCGGGCCCGGCGCCCGAGGAGCGGCCCGCCCAGGCCAAAGCGCUGACCCCCCGGCCGCCCGCGCGGCCCCGGCUGCAGCGCGCCCUCUCCCUGGAUGACCGGGGCUGGCGGCGGCGGCGUGUGCGCAGCGGCCAGGAGGACCUGGCUGCCCCGAACGGGGCCAGUCCGAGCAGGGGCCCGGGCCCGGCCGCGAGCCCCGCGCCCCUGCCCGCCGGCCGCCCCGCGCCCUGCCUCAGCGGCUCCCUGCAGGAAAUCCCUGCCUGGCGCCCGGCCCGCGGCGGCCGCCCCUGCUCCUGGGCCAGCGGCUCGGGCGGCAGCUCCCCGGGGCUGCCCAGCCUGCGGCCCCCGCGCCCGCCCUCGGCCGGGGACUUGGAGCUGGCGCGGGCCCACAGCAGCCCGCUGGCCUGUGACGACCACUCCCUGUCCACCAAGUCCUUCAGCCUGCUGGCGCCCAUCCGCACCAAAGACGUCCGCAGCAGGAGCUACCUGGAGGGGAGCCUGCUGGCCAGUGGGGCCCUACUGGGCGCCGAGGAACUGGCACGAUACUUCCCAGACCGCAGCCUGGCCCUGUUCGUGGCUACCUGGAACAUGCAGGGCCAAAAGGAGCUCCCGCCCAGCCUGGAUGAGCUGCUGCUGCCCACAGAGGCCGACUACACGCAGGACCUGUAUGUGGUCGGCGUCCAGGAGGGCUGCUCCGACAGGCGGGAGUGGGAGACGCGCCUGCAGGAGACGCUGGGCCCACGCUACGUGCUGCUGUCCUCGGCGGCCCACGGCGUGCUGUACAUGUCCCUGUUCAUCCGCAGGGACCUCAUCUGGUUCUGCUCAGAGGUGGAGUGCUCCACGGUGACCACACGCAUCGUGUCGCAGAUCAAGACCAAGGGGGCUCUGGGCGUGGGCUUCACCUUCUUCGGCACCUCCUUCCUCUUCAUCACCUCGCACUUUACCUCCGGUGACGGGAAGGUGGCCGAGCGGCUGCUGGACUACAGCAGAACAGUGCAGGCCCUGGCCUUGCCCAGGAACGUACCGGACACCAACCCCUACCACUCCAGUGCCGGUGAUGUCACCACACGCUUCGACCAGGUCUUCUGGUUUGGCGACUUCAACUUCCGUCUGAGUGGUGGCCGCGUGGCCGUGGAGGCUGCCCUGAAGCAGGACCUGCAGGUGGACGUGGGGGCGCUGCUGCAGCAGGACCAGCUCACGCGUGAGAUGGAGAAAGGGUCCAUCUUCAAGGGCUUCCAGGAGGCGGCGAUCCACUUCCUGCCGUCGUACAAGUUCGAUGUUGGGAAGGACACCUAUGACAGCACGUCCAAGCAGCGGACGCCUUCGUACACGGACCGGGUGCUGUUCCGUAGCCGGCACAAGGGUGACAUCUGCCCCGUGAGGUACUCAACCUGCCCCGGCAUCAAGACGUCCGACCACCGCCCCGUGUACGCGCUCUUCCGGGUCCGGGUGCGGCCUGGCCGGGACAACAUCCCGCUGGCCGCUGGCAAGUUCGACCGGGAGCUCUACCUGCUGGGCAUCAAGCGGCGGAUCUCCAAGGAGGCGCAGCGGCAGCAGGCGCUCCAGGCCCGCAACUCGAGCGCCGUCUGCGCCGUGUCCUGAGCUUGCCAGGCCGCCCGGGGCAGCACCUGACCAGAGGCCAGCCAUCCUGGGACCACCCGCUCUCCCCACCACGCCCAUGGCCGGCCCUCUCCUCCCCUCCCCACAGGCCGGUUGGGCACUACAAGGGAGCACCUCCAUGCCAGUCCAGGGCAGGGCCUGCACGCCAUGCUGGGCACCCACUCCGGCCUCAGGCUCUUGAGGCCGUCGGCAUCACCGCUCACGGCCCUGACUGCGUGUGGAGCCCAGAAUGUUCAGAUGGCGCUUAGAUAUUUAUUUUUCCAUAUUUAUAUUUUUGAAUAAAUGCAUAUAUUGAAUGUAGACUCCUGCUGGCCACACUGGGUCUCGGAGGGAAGCUGGGUGCUCUUCUGGUGUCAGCUGGGCCUGCCCAGGGCCACAGGC